AACAGGUUGUUGUUUCGAACUUGGCCCGCCUCCUCCAUACUUCCUAAAUCACUGAGCUCCUCUCCGGUCACAGAGGCUGAGUUGGAGCAGCAGGAAAGAUGGACUACUUUCCGGAUUUCUCUGUGGCGACGUGGACGCUGAUCGCCCUUGUCAUCUCACUCAUCGCUGUAUAUGGAUAUGCUCCCUAUGGUGUGUGGAAGAAAAUGGGAAUCAAGGGGCCCAAACCAUGGCCCUUCAUUGGGACCUUCCUGGAGUACAGAAAAGGCAUCCACAACUUUGACAUGGAGUGUUUUCAGAAGUAUGGAAGAGUGUAUGGGUUCUAUGAUGGUCGACAACCGAUGUUGGGCAUCAUGGACACAGCAAUGAUCAAAACUGUCUUGGUGAAGGAGUGUUAUUCCAUCUUUACCAACAGACGGGAUUUUGGACUCAAUGGACCCUUGAACAGUGCUGUUUCAAUUGUCGAAGACGAUGAAUGGAGACGCAUUCGCAGUGUGCUGUCGCCCUCUUUCACCAGUGGACGACUAAAAGAGAUGUACCCCAUAAUGCUGCAGCACUCUGAAAGCGUGAUCAAGAAUCUUCAAAAACAAUGUGACGCAAAUGAAGUUGUCGAGGUCAAAGAAGUGUUUGGGCCUUACAGUAUGGAUGUGGUGACCAGCUGUGCCUUCAGCGUCGACAUUGACUCCAUCAACAGUCCGUCUGAUCCUUUCGUAAAGAACAUCAAGAAGAUGGUUAAAUUCAACUUCCUGGAUCCUCUUAUUAUAAUCAGUGUUCUCUUCCCAUUUUUGCGACCUAUUUUGGAAAAGAUGCAAGUGACACUGUUCCCUGGUGACGUGCUGGAUUUCUUCUUCAACUUCCUGAGGACCAUCAAGUCUGACCGGAACAAAAAUGAGCACAAGACACGAGUGGACUUCAUGCAGCUGAUGGUGGAUGCUCAGACUUCUGAUGAGAAUCCUGAAAAAGGACUGAGUGAUGCUGAGAUUUUGGCUCAGGCCAUGAUAUUCAUAUUUGCCGGUUAUGAAACCAGCAGCAGCACUCUUGGCUUCAUCGCCUACAACCUGGCGACCCACCCUCACAUCCAGAAGAUGCUGCAGAAGGAAGUCGAUGAGACAUUCCCAGAGAAGAAAACCCCCAGCUACGAAGCUCUGAUGCAGAUGGAGUACCUGGACAUGGUCAUCAACGAGUCCAUGAGGCUGUAUCCCAUCGCAAACCGGUUGGAAAGGGUGACAAAGACGACUGUGGAUAUCAAUGGUGUGACGGUUCCUAAGGGCUGUGUCAUCUCGGUGCCGGUGUUCACCAUUCAUCGCGACCCUAAAUUGUUCCCCGAACCUGAGGUCUUCAAACCUGAAAGAUUCAGCAAAGAAAACAAAGACAAAAUGGAUCCCUAUUCCUUCCUUCCUUUUGGAGCCGGACCUAGAAACUGCAUCGGCAUGAGGUUUGCUGUCUUGAUGAUGAAGUUGAACCUGGUCCAGAUCCUUCAGAACUUCAGCCUCAUCACCUGCAGCGAGACUGAUAUACCGUUGGAGUUGGGAACCGAUGGUUUCAUUAACCCGAAGAACCCAAUCAAACUGAAGUUGGAGCCAAGAUUGGCUGCAUAAGGAAGUCUCUUUUAUCCUGUAUGAAAUACUGUGUCACAAAUGAGACUUCUCUUUCUUUCUUGUCAUGAUGAUGUCAAGUGAGUGCUGCAUUUGGUUGAUGUUUACAGAGCUGUCACCAGGUGAUUCUUCUUGUAUAAGCAAAGUGAGUCGUGUUGUUUGAGGAUAGAGGAAGGCAGACUUUGCUGCCAGAUUUUCUUUAUAAGCCAGGUUCUACAGACAGCUGGACAGAAUGCUAAACAUGCUAAAAUGUCAAUUCUUAGCAUUAAGACAAAGCAUUUUCUUAAAUCUUUUAAACACCCAUCAUGCUGUUUUGAUUUCUUUUCUUUCUCUUUCUUUCUUGUGUUGUUCAGAAAUAUAUUUGUAAACCACAUUUCAUCUUGUCUCUCACACAUCAUCGAAUUGAUUUGCAUUAUGUUGGCAGCUCUUAUUUAUCUUGUAGCUGUGGUUGAAUCUUGGAGUGUUUCACUGCAAUGAUCACUGAAGUCUUAUUGUAUCUUAUCAAAUAAACAUUCAUUUAUGAGA